GUUUUCUCCUCGUCACCGAUCCCCUCCCUCAACAUGACUUCCCUCUUCCAGUGCUUGAUCGAGACUGCUUGCUGUUUUCUGUCCAAGUAGAUUGACCUCUGGGCUAGCGAUUGUCUAGUCUAGCUCGUUGAUUGAUCGAUAUUACUUGUUCUGACAACCUUACAGACACCCAAAUCUGCCUCGUUACGGACAAUGCAGCCAUCCACACAUCGUAUUUUCGAUAUCAGCUUCAUCAGACCUGUCAGUUGGCUUUUGUCAACGUCUAUGACUAGAUCAGAACCUUUUUUGGCUUGAAUACUAAAUCUGGGCCAGACUUUCUAUCCCAAAAAAGAUCGCCCUCUAGGCCUAUUCCACAUGGACGCCUUUGUCACCCGCAAAAAACGAAAGUCGAGCCCAACGCCGUUAAAUGACUUUUGUGAAGACGGUGACGGCGACGAAUCUACCGAUUUCAAACUGACUCUCUUAAGCUCACUUCAUCCCGAUCUUGAUCACGAGGCUCUUCUCGACGUCUUGCUCGCCCAUGAAGGCUGUGUCUCGGAUGCGUCUGCCGCCCUCUCUUUGCCGCAGAAGCAAAAUAUCACAAAAUAUUCAAAGCCGGGAGCACAGUCGUCCCUUCGAUCUUUUGCUAACCCCGUUUCGGGAGACCUUUCUUCUCCCGUCCCUGCCAAAAAAUCCAAGCUAUUGUCCAAAAAGGGGAAAACUCUGUUCCUGUUCGACCCCUUGGAUAUUGCUGAACACACCCCCUGUACCGUUAUCCAUAACUUCUUGCCACCCGAGGCGGCAAACGAUCUGCUCAGGGAGCUCCUGUUCGAGUCUGAAACAUAUGAAAAGAUAACAUUCAAGCUGUUUGACAAUGUCGUCUCUAGCCCGCACACGUCGGGCUUCUACGUGGGCAGCGAAGAAGAACUCAAUGACCAAAAAUAUGAAUACUUGUACAACGGCGCUAGACUUUCUGACGUGAGACGCUUGACGCCCCGACUGGAGGCGGUGAAGCCCAAGGUUCAAGAGGCAGUCAACCGCGAGAUUCAGCAUCGAAUAGCAACGAAAUACCCAGGCGGCAAGAAACUCAGGUACCAGUGUCCGCGGCCCUGGGCCCCCAAUGCCGCUUUCGUAAACUGCUACAACGGGCCACAGCAAAACGUCGGCUGGCACAGCGAUCAACUCACCUAUUUGGGCCCCCGAGCAGUCAUUGGGUCACUGUCGUUGGGGGUUGCCCGGGAGUUUCGCGUGAGACGAGUCCUACCUAGGACUGAGAUGCAUCCGGCAGGCGACAGCAGCGGCGCCAAGACUACUCAAAAUGCUGUAGCCGACGAGGACAGCCUCCGCGGCGACGCCGAAGGCCAGAUAUCCAUUCACCUCCCUCACAACUCACUGCUGGUGAUGCAUGCCGAGAUGCAAGAGGAGUGGAAGCACAGUAUCGCCCCGGCACAAGCCAUCGAGCCGCAUCCUAUCGCCGGUAACAGGCGUAUCAACGUCACGUACAGAGACUACAGGCCCGAGUAUCACCCAAGCCUGACCCCCAAAUGCCGUUGCGGAAUUGCCACUGUAAUGCGUGUUGUACAGAAAAAGAAAGAAAACUGGGGCAAGUACUUUUGGAUGUGCCACGCUGGAAAUGUUCCUGGCAAAGAUGGCUGUUCUUUCUUCCAAUGGGCUGAAUUUGACGACGACGGAAAUCCACUUCUGAAAGCUCAGCAGGCCGUCGGCACGACAAGAUAGAUAGAUUAUAGGUAGGCAAUUGUACACCAAAGAAUGCCUUUAAGCUAGCUUAAUACCACCUAUCCAGUUUCUGUC